AUGUAAGCCGAGAACGCACACGAAGAUGUAAUAAAACUAGAUGUCUUAGUGAAAUUAUAGAAUUUAAUUAAAACUUUGGAAUUUAAAUAUGGAGAUGUCAAAAAUAUAUAAAAAAAGAAAAAAAGAAAAUUGGCAAAAGAUACCAAACCUACCACAAAAGAAUAACCAAAAACCGUUUCAAAAUAAGGAGCACCUGCCGCUGUUUCAAAAGCAACUAAAGUAGCAAAGGCCGCCAAAAAGGGAACCUCAGUAUCAAGUCAUAAAACCCAUACCAGAGCUAGAUUUUACCGUCCCAAAACAUUAUAAUUGCCAAGAGCCCCUAAAUAUUAAAGAACAGUAAGAGCUCAUCUUAAACUUUCCAACCAUUUAGAAAAUCAUGCUGUAGUUAAACAUCCCUUAACAACUGAAAAAGCUAUGAAGAAAAUGGAAGAUGAAAAUACAAUGGUUUUCUUAGUACACAACAGAGCCACUAAACCUUAAAUCAAGAAGGCUUUUGAAAAACUCCAUAAUGUUAAGGUAAGAAGUAUCAACACACUUAACACUGUUAAAGGAUCAAAAAAAGCUUAUAUCAGAUUAAGCGCUGAUUGUGACUCUUUAAGUUUGGCAAGCAAAAUCGGAAUUAUUUGA